AUGGCGUUGGCUAUAGUUAAGUUCGCUACUAGUACUGUGUUUUUAAUCGUCCUCUUUGCCAGCACAUAUAUCUGUUUAUGCAGGUGUCCUCCGCAGGAAUAUGAAGCUCUUCUAUCCUUCAACAUCACCUUAACUUUCCCCGCGGGCUAUGGCUAUGAAUGGGCGAAUGGAACAGACUGCUGCGAGUGGUAUGGCAUAGAAUGCGACGAGCACAAGAACCAUGUGGUGGAGAUAAGGUGGAUGCCAGAUCGAAAUGGCUAUGGUGCACAAGGAGGAAUCAUGUCUGACAACCUCUGCAAAUUUCCUUCUCUUACAGGAAUAGUGAUAUCGGACGUGGGAUUGAUAGGUAAUCUUCCUUCAUGCUUGGGAAAUCUCCAUUUUCUUGAGGAUAUAAUUAUAGAGUACAAUGAGUUGGGUGGGGUAAUACCCCUUAGCGUUUGUAUGCUCACAAAUCUCAGUUACAUUAGUCUUUUAGGGAAUCAACUGAGUGGAAGCCUGCCAUCUUGUUUGAACAAUCUUUCUUCUUUGAGAUCUCUCGAAAUUUCAGACAAUCGAUUGAGUGGCCAAAUUCCAUAUACAUGGGGCAAUCUCCCUUUGCUUGAGUUCUUGGAUGUUUCCUUCAACCAAUUGAGCGGGACUCUUCCGUUGUCAUUUGCAGGGCUGUCCUCCCUUACUGACCUCUAUGCCCGUGGAAAUAGAUUUAAUGAGAGUGCCCCUUCUUGGGGCUUACCAUCCUCUAUUAAACGUCUCUCUUUCUCAUUAAACCAUGAGCUCACAAUUUCAGAGAAAUUUUUCCGUAACCUUACCAAUUUAUGGCGUUUAUCUCUAUCCAAUAGCACACUAAAUAUUAGUACAUCGUGGAUUCCCAACUUCCAGCUCUCUGAGUUAGAACUUGUGUCAUGUCAGAUGGACGGUCAAAUUCCACCAUGGAUUUCAACUCAAUUCUCGUUGUAUUCCUUGACAUUAGCUGACAACGGUCUUGUUGGAGAAAUUCCCUCUUGGCUAUGGGCCAUGGCUGCUUCCUUUGAUGAACUAAAUAUCUCACAGAACCAUCUGCAUGGGUCCCUUUUUCCAAAUGGUCCGAAUUCUCGGAUAGGAAUCUUGGAUGUGUCUAGCAAUGCAUUAAGUGGAAAUAUACCUUCCGAGUGGCCAGCUCUAACAAAACUAAUUGAGGGGCCUCCUCUUCAAUUGAUGCUCAAUGAUAAUUUGUUUACCGGUAACAUUCCUCCAAGCUUGUGCAAUUCGUCUCUAUGGUUACAGUUACAUCUUGAAAAUAACAUGUUGGAUGGAAUGAUUCCUUGGUGUUUAAUUGAGGAUGGAUCACGCAUUUAUGACUUAAAUUUAGGAGGUAAUAGUCUUGAGGGAAGCAUGCCCCAAGGGUUAAUCUUCUCGUCUAGCAUUGAGUACUUGGUACUUAAAAAUAAUCAGCUCAGCGGAAUCUUCGCUCCCUCAUUUACCAAUUAUACAGUUUUGCAACUACUUGAUAUUGGGCACAACAAAUUCUCCGGACAUCUUCCAAAGUCAAUUGGGAAUAUUUCAUCUCUUCAAGUGCUGGUGAUGAACGACAAUCAGUUCAGGGGUAACAUUCUUUCAGAACUUGGCGACCUGAAGCAGCUCCAGAUCCUAGACCUUUCGUCCAACAGCUUAUCAGGCUCUAUUCCACACAAUAUUGUAUUUUUACGCGCAAUGGCUGCAGCAAUAGAGGAUGGCUAUGUUUUGCAGAGUAGUCUGCCAUAUGAGGGUGGUAAUAGGCGUACCUCCUCUCUUGGUGGACUGGGUAUGGCCUCCAAAGGUACAGAACUAUACUACACAUAUAUUCUUUCCACACUCACUAGCAUAGAUCUCUCCAACAAUCAAUUGACUGGAGAUGUUCCUCUUGACCUUGGAAAGUUGAAGGGGUUGAGGUUUCUGAAUCUAUCCAUGAACAGUCUUAAUGGAAUUAUUCCACAUAGUUUGGGGGAUAUGAGUCAACUUGAAUCGUUGGACCUUUCUUCAAACAAGCUUUCAAGUAAUAUUCCUUCAGAGCUUCAAUCUUUGAGCUAUUUGGCAUAUUUGAAUUUGUCCAACAACAACCUCUCAGGUAACAUACCUCAAGGAGGACAAAUGAUCACAUUUGAAAAUACAUCAUAUGCUGGAAAUCCAAAUUUGCAGGGAUGCCCACUUCCAAAGAACUGCAAUUGGCCCAAAUUUGCACCUCCUCGUCCUGUGAGCUCUCCUGAAAAUAAAGAUGACGAGGAGAGAGAGCAAAUACCGUGGUAUCAAAUUGGACUAGGAUGGUCAUAUGGAGCAGGAUUUUUGAGUAUAGUAGUGUUGUUGCUUUUAGUCAGAGACAGCUGGAGAAAGAAAUACUUCAAGGGGGUUGAUGAUAUUUUAAAGUUUCUGUUUUCUUUCGUGCGUAAUAGGAGAUUAUGA